ACCCAAACCGCUCAUCAGCCCCUUUGAUCGGAGAGAAAUCUAUUUUUUUUAACGAAAAUUGAUUCUUUCAUCGGAAGCAUCAUCGGCUUUUGAUGGAAGUGUUGCAGAGCAUCAAUGGCGUCGAUGAGUCUUAUCGCCAUCUCCCAGCUCUCUACUUGACCUUUUUGUCGAUUUGGUUUCUCUCGGCUUGUUCCUGGACGGUUAACACCUUCAAUAGUCGCCAUUUUCAGUCAAAUAAUUUGCAGUGGACUCUUGCCUCGGUUCCAUUGAUCAAAGCCUUGCAGCUCACUCUAUCUUUCCUCUUUUGGUAUUCAUGUUUUCACCAUCACGUAUGCUCUCUAUGGAUGUCUUUCGGCGUAUAUGUGACCGGCGUUCUAUUUCAGACAGCUUCAUUUGUUUCUUUCUUACUCAUCUCUCAUGGUUACUGCAUCACUUGUGAACGCCUCUCUCUGACCGAACGAAGAACUACUGCUUCACUUGGCUGUGUCUUUUAUUUGACCCUUGUUGGCUAUCGAGCUUCUGUUCCUUAUUUUACAGUGCUUCUGAUACUUAACUAUAUAAUCUCAUUCUACGUUAUUUUUCAUCACAUAUCACAAAACCUAUCGGUGUUAAGAGAACAGCUAGCUUUUAUCGAGGACGAGAACGUUCAGGCUAUGCAUGAUGCUGUGUACACAAAAUACAUCAUGUUCAAGAAAUUCCAAGGUGCCAUGCAAAUUGUAGCCAUGGCCGAAACAGUGGUACAAAGGCAGAUCUAUAUGAACAUGGAUAACUCUUCACAGAAUUAUUGGCUCCGGCUACUAGUACGGGAAUGGGCACAGUUUUGCAUCUUUCUCUAUAUCGGGUGGACUUUCCGGUCCCAAGACUUGGCUCCACGCUUCUCAGUAAUGCCGACUCUAAAACUCAAGGAGAAUUCUGUGAUUCCUCCUAUUUACAGCGUGGAAAUGGACGAGAAAACUUUCAAGGAAUUUAGAAGCCAUGAAUGGAACAUCGGGCUGCCGAUGCCCUGUUCCAACGAGAGGCAUAAGGACUCGGUUCUCGUGAUAAUUCAGCAUCCACGGUAGGAGUUUACACGCCUUCACUCUCUGACUCUGCUCCUGCGUUACGGGUUGCAAGAAAAGAUGCAUUUGUCUUCGUCGAAUCACCGGAGAAAGUAAUGUCCUGAACCUAAUGUCACCGGAGAAAGAUGCAUCGGCCCAUGAGUUUGUGUCCCAUCCUGAAAUCCGACCUUGACCCCUUGUCCCUUUUUGCUUUAUGAUCUUUAUAGGAGAUGUUAACAUUACCUGUAUAUUCUUUCAACACCAAGGCAGAUUACAUGCUCGUACAAGUCGCCAACAUAUACAAAACAUGUGCCAAUUUCGCUUCCCCAACCAUCUUUUACAUGACACGUCCAAGGAGGUUACAGAAGAAACAAAGUGAUGAGUUAGUGAUGGAAGAAGAUGCUUUGUGAAUGAAAAAGUUCAAUCAUGAAACAAAUGACCAAAUGGGCUUCCCUUUUUCUGUUUCUUUUUUCAGUCUGUUUCGCCCAGUUACAAGUUCCUUUCUCCACUUAUAUAUAACAAAGACAAGAGAGAGAGAGAGAGAGAGAGAGAG